ACCUUGCACGUGAAAGAGACCUUACAUGAUACCAGUUAACGCAAGCCGUGUUCAGUCAGUUGGUUGGACAAACAAAAGGGUAACCAAACUCCAGGAAGUGCAUUGUAACAGAAGCUGAAACACACAAUUGAAAUAUGUGUGGUCAGAGUAAUGGAAAAGUAGGAACAGAAGUCCUAGAAGCUUAUAAAGUUUUGUUGCUGCAGAGCGAUGCUUGCAGCUUCUUUGGGCGCUGCGUGGUGAAUGAGCAAGCCGAAUGUUGCACUUUUGCAGGUGUCUUUAUGUUUUGAUGUGCCUGGAACACCCGGGGAGCAGGGGUAUUUCACUGCCGUGUUUAUUGAGGAGCCGGGGAAGUCUGCAAAUUACACAAAUAUUGAAUGUCAAAAAAGGAUGACUAGUCGAGGAGCUGAGACAUCUCUUUGUUGCUGUGAGGUGUGACCGGUUUAAAUCAUCCCAUCCCGAGGUAGCUUCAUCAAGCAUGCAGGGAGAUGCUGACACAAUAAAUCUGCUCUUCAUUAUUAAGGUGCAGACCAGACACUUGUUUUGAGUAGAGACAAAACAGCUUGAAACCAAAUGUAGCAACCCUGAUCUGAUGAAUGCUUUGUUAUUUGAUGUGAGUGAAGCAAAUUCCUUAUUUAUGCCUGCCUGCUGCUCUUCUCUGUGUUGCUCUCUCUACGUCUGGAUGACAAAAUUCAGUGGAGUUACUGGGCUGUGUUUGCUCCAAUAUGGCUGUGGAAGUUAAUGGUGAUUGUUGGUGCCUCGGUGGGAACAGGAGUGUGGGCCCGAAACCCACAGUAUCGAGCAGAAGGAGAAACCUGUGUGGAGUUCAAAGCUAUGCUAAUUGCAGUAGGCAUCCACCUGCUCCUGCUGAUGUUUGAAGUCCUGGUGUGUGACAGGAUUGAAAGAGGAACCCAUUUCUGGCUUCUGGUCUUCAUGCCCCUGUUCUUUGUGUCUCCAGUCUCAGUUGCAGCUUGUGUGUGGGGAUUCCGACACGACCGCUCUCUGGAGCUGGAAAUCUUGUGUUCAGUCAAUAUUCUACAGUUCAUAUUUAUUGCACUCAGACUAGAUGAGAUCAUCAGAUGGCCAUGGCUUGUUGUCUGUGUCCCACUGUGGAUCUUGAUGUCCUUCCUGUGCCUCGUGGUGCUCUAUUACAUUGUGUGGUCUGUGCUGUUCCUGCGCUCCAUGGAUGUGAUCGCUGAGCAGAGGAGGACACACAUAACCAUGGCUGUCAGCUGGAUGACAAUUGUAGUUCCACUGCUCACAUUUGAGAUCUUGCUAGUACACAGACUGGAUGGGCAUAAUUCUUUUUCUUUCAUACCCAUAUUUGUUCCUCUCUGGCUUUCACUGAUAACAUUAAUGGCCACAACAUUUGGACAAAAAGGAGGCAAUCACUGGUGGUUUGGAAUUCGCAAAGACUUUUGUCAGUUCCUGCUUGAAAUUUUCCCAUUCCUGCGAGAAUAUGGAAAUAUCUCUUAUGAUCUUCAUCAUGAAGAUAAUGAGGAAACAGAAGAAACACCAUUGCCUGAACCACCAAAAAUUGCACCAAUGUUCCGAAAAAAGACUGGAGUGGUCAUUACACAGAGUCCUGGAAAAUAUGUGAUUCCACCUCCCAAGUUAAACAUUGAUAUGCCAGAUUAAGAUGACAGUAGCAUAUUAAACUUGAACUGGUCAUCAGCAGACAGAUGUAUUUCAUCUCAUGCCUUGUCCCAAUUCCUUUAAAAUAGGUAUUGCUGAAUCAGUGGCUUGGAUUACACAAAUCAGAAAUCUUGAAGAUAAUCUGAGUGCUUUUCCAGAAAUAUGUGGUUGUCUAAUUUGUGAACCUUCCUAACAGGUUGGUUGCACGCUUGCCUGUAUAGUAUUUAUAUGAACAUUUUUAGCAGUGUAAUAUAUUGUUUAAAAGUCCUGUUGUGUACAGUUAUAAGUAUUAUCUAAAAGUAUUUUUUUAAAAACCCUGUAUGAAAUGCCUAUGCUAUUCCAGGUGUCUUUUAGGUCCUAAAUAUACACUUGUUUUCAUGUCUCUCUUAAAUGCUUUGGGAUGCCUUAGCAUAGUACCUCUUCUUUCUCUGUUCAGCUGCAAUCAUCACAGAGGCACAAGAGUGUUGCACUUCUGAGGCAACACUGGAAAGUGUUUUUUGGGAGGGGAAGUAGAAUGUAUGAUGACUUACAUGAUGCUUUUGAGUUAGCUGUGUAAAUAUUCAUGUAAGUAUUUCAACUUUUGUGCUGGCUUGGGAGUUACAUGUUGUUUUUGUUGCUUUUCCAGUUUCAUGUUUUGAUUCUUCUUGAGCAGCAUGUACCAUUCUCCCGUUAGACUGGCUGUUUAUUAAGCUGUUUCUCACAUUGUGUGGUCUAUGCCAGAAACAUUUGUGGUAGGUUUCACAGCUAUUGGUCUAUUGGUUAGCUGGUAUAAAUAUCAUAGCUUGGUCUUUGUUACCAACUUUGUGUUGGUCAGUGUAAAUGAUUAAACUUUUCAAGAUAGAAUCUCA